GCCUCGUUGCAUUGUCGUCUGCCUCUACACUGCAUCAUGAUAAUAGUCUCAGGGCUCUGUAAACUACACCAAAGGCUACUCUGAUGGUCAGGAACGGAGGACGGAUCAGUGUGAAUGUGUCUGGUCAAGAGAAGGAAGGAGAUACCACCACAAGCCACAACUCGUGCUCGUGUUGUUGUGAAGAACCGCGUGUCGGUCUGUGUGUGUGUGUGUGAUCUUAUGGUGGAACCAUGACAAGAGCAGCACUGGCUAAACUUCUCAUCCUCGUGAUCCUGGCCUUCAUCAUCUGCCUCCCAGAAUUCUUCUCGUUAUACAGAGUAUCAAAAGUUAACUUCCUCUGUCUGCCCUACCGACCCUGCGAGCAAGGGAAUCAGGUGAAGAGGGGGGAGAGUGGGAAGAUCAGGGAUGCUGAAAUUAAGAGAACGGACGAGUGCAACCCUCCUUGGACUGCAGAAUGGGUAAAAAGGGAGCAGGCCUGCACACAAGAGAGUGAAAGCAACAUAACAGACCCUGCAUCAGACUCCAGGAGUGAUGAUUCAGAAAAGAGCUGGUUCAUGUGUCAAGCAGAUACGGACAUGGCAGAAUUACACAGCAACAUUUCAUCUUCAGCUACAGCUCUAACGGUACAUCUGGAAGUAUCAGUGGAGCUUCGGCUCGACAACGCAAAGACCCUGAAUCUCACCUUGUAUGGCCACAGUAAUUACAGCUCCUUAGACCUGCACCCACCUGAAGAGGAAGAUAAGGAUAAGAGGAAGGAUGAUGAAGGACAAAAGGCAUUCUACUGCUGUCUCCCCGUCCUGCCCACCUCGGAGUCAGCCAAUCAAAGCCGCUGUCUCCUUUGGCUCGCCAAUCAAACGGUUUCGACCGCAACAGCAAAGGAAAAGCUGCCAUGGAAACGGACACAGAAAGAUGAGUGGCAGUGUAUAUUCAGGGUGCUCUGGUUGGCUCUGCUGUGUGUGGUGUUCCUGGUUAUAGUUACAACAGUACUCGGGCAAAUCUACUUUGGGAAACAGCCACACAAAAAGCCCACGCUGAGCCCUGUGUACAGCCUCACUGGUCAACAGUUAAACGGUGAAGAGAGGCACACAGAAUUCAUAACUCCUAAGGGGACAGUCCUUCACUUCUAUGGGUCCCGGCCUUGGUCAGAACUGUCACCCAUUGAAGAAGUUGAUACUCAAGAGGACAUAGAAACACUGCUAGAUGGAAAUGUCGACCUCUGCUAUACUGCAAAUCUACAUCAUCGUGUCCAUCCGUCUACCUCUGCCUUCACAGAGGAGCCGCUGGGGGAGAAGAGCACAGAAAUAGACUUGAAGUGAAAAAUAAAAAUGACAGCUUCACCCACCAGCCACCUUUUUAUCUUGAAAACGAAGAUACAUCUGAGACUUGUGAAGAUGGUUAAAACGUAUUUAUUUUCAACAUCUCAUCCUCAAACAGUCUUAGGGUGUUUUAUUAGAGGGCAGUCUUAACACAUUAGUAAACUGUCCAGAGUUAAAUAAAUGAUUCAGCUCCCAAACAUUUUUCCAGAUCGUAUUACAAAUAAUUUUGAGGCAGAAGUACGGCUGAUAAACAGCCUUACCCUAUCUGGCUAUAGCUGAAAGGAGCCAAAACAUUAUGACAAGAUUGACUAAUAUUUUCUUUGCUUAAUAGCUUUCUUGCCUGUAUCAGUGUAUGUCUAAAAGGGGAGAAGGAGAAGAGAGUAUUUCAUCUUACAGAGGUCUGAAUAACUGUGGGCUGGAAGCUGAGAGCCAAUUUAACACUGAAUAUUAAAAGACAGAUUCACUGCGAGUGCCUUGGGUUUGCUGCAGAAACUCCACAGGUGGUCAAAGGGAAAAAAUAAAGUGGAGAAUGGCUGAUAUAUUUACCUCUGGUGAUGAAGGAGUGUAUAAAUCUUGUAAAAUAAUAUUAGAAGCCUUUAUUUAAAAGGGCGAGAGAUAAUUAAAGACACAGCUACAUGUUUUGGCUGAUGCCUUCUUUAACAUGGGAAAUAUGCUCAUUUGAUUUUUCCCUAAGUGUCACACUCUUCUUCUAUGUAUAGCAGCACAAUUAACAAAGUUAGAGAUGGAUUCAGCAACACUACAUCUUCAGUAUACGCAAGAGGAGAGGAGGAGAACUAAAUAUUUUCUAGUCCAAAGGUUUAAGAUCAUUUUUUUCUUUCAAAUAAAACUGGAUGAGAGUGAACUAAUAAGAUGGUGUUGCUUCAUAUAAUUUAAUGUUAAAAAACAAAACAAGCAAAAACCAUGGUGAAUCAUCACGAAUACUGGCAUUUUGUCUCAAACCAGAUUAACAAGAUUCAGCAAAACAGAAAAAUUAUUUCUGUUAAAAUAACAAUGAACCAUAAAGAGUGCAAAGAAAGCUUAAUAUACAUUAAUGUAGAGUUCCUUCAACACAACCAGUUAUGUUUUGUUUUUGGUUCAGUAUUUCGGAGAUCUUUGUUUUGUCAGGCAGAGUGAGUCACAGCUGAGCCUGAAUCAGCUCUGUGCACUGUUUGGUUCCUCAAAGCAAAAAUAUCAAGAGACGAAAUAACAUUCAGAGACACAAGGUGGAAAAACCGCACAUACAAUCUGCAUGAGUCAUUUCUACAUGUAUCUGUUAAUUAGACUGUUAUCUUCAAGAUUAUGUUCUGCAUAUAUAAACAACCUCUUCUGCCUGUUGCUGUGGCACUUAAUGGAAAUAUAAGCACUUAAUCUGGUUUAAUCUAAUUUCUAUACCUCACUGUACAACAAUAGAUAUAUUAAGACAAGCGGGUGAGCAGGUAGCGUGUGUGUGUGUGUGUGUGUGUGUGUGUGUGUUAGUGUUGUGUCUGUGGUGCUGGUUCUGAGGCGGGUCGGCAGUGUUGGCUCUGGAUGUGGGAGAUCUGCAGGACGGGAAGCAGCAGCUGAAAUGCAUUCUGGAUGUAGUUGGUACUGUUGGAGCCCUGCGGGCAAGAAACCCAUCAUCAUUAUCAUCAUCGCCGUCAUCAUCAUCAUCAUCAUCAUCAUUUCCCACAUGAAAAAAGCAUUGUUUAAUAUAUUUAAGAACUGCUGGGAAUUUAAAAAUGAAAACAAUUAAGUUGUUUGCAGCUGAAAUAAUUUCAUAAUUUAUUAUGUGCAGCCUAAAUAUAUUGUACAUGUUGUCAGCCCAACAGUGGGAGUACAGGCAAUAGAAUAACAUUAAAAUACUGAUUUUACUUGAAAUAAAGUGUAUUCCCAGUGUUCAAAAUCUA